GUUCCGGAGGAGAAGCCGAAGAAAUCGAAAGCUCCAGAGGAAGAGCCACCCAAGAAGGUGGCGAAGGUGGCGGAGGAAAAGCCGAAGAAGCCCAAGACCACCGAGGCAGAGGAGAAGCCGAAGAAGUCGAAGGCACCCGAGGAUCCUCCAAAGAAGGCGCCGAAGGUGGCCGAGGAGCCAAAGAAACCCGAGAAGGCGCCGGCCACCAAAGCAUCCACCAAGGCCGCCGAAGAGCCCAAGAAGGCCCCGAAGGCCGCCGAAGAGCCCAAGAAAAGCACCAAGGCAGCCGAAGAGCCCAAGAAGACCUCUAAGGCCGCAGAAGAGCCCAAGAAGACAUCCAAGGUGGCGGAGGAGAAGCCCAAGAAGUCGAAGGCACCCGAGGAGGAGCCGCCCAAGAAGACGACGAAGGCCACAGAAGGCAAGCCGAAGAAAUCCAAGGCACCAGAGGCGGCCGACGACAAGCCGAAGAAGUCGAAAGCACCCGAGGAAGUGCCGAAGAAAGCCACCAAGGUGGCAGAUCCAGCGAAGAAGCCCGAGAAGGAGAAGGAGAAG